AUGCGAAUUUUGUGCAACAACAUAUUAUCUGCGACAAAUGUCAAACUCUCGGUGGAAGGCGGCCUUGAGGAUAACCGUUUCCAGCUACUCAGUUUUGAUGCACUUUUGAACUAUCAGAGCAGGAAAAAGUCCAAUCUCCCUGUGCUCGCUUCGACACCUGUGACGAUUAGUUUGUCUGAUAACAAGUCUAUCUUCGCGUAUGUAAACAUUCCCUCCGAGAAAUUGAAGCUGCUUUCCGCGAACCCUGUUAUAGCAAAGUCCAUGUUUUCCAUGCCUGACCGUACGUCUGACCAGUUCGUACGCUUACAACAAGGCGAAAAAUGGAGAACGCAUAGGAAUUUCCGGCCGCUGAUAUUUACACAUAACGAGAUUGACUUUUGGUCUGGUUAUGUUUUUGAGUUUGUCGGCGGCUCUACCAACAUCCAUUUCUUGGUAGUAUUUUCAUACGAUGGGAAACCCUGCUGUGUAUAUUUAAGGCUACAUGGCUUUAACUAUCUAAAGCGCAUAAAGCUCGAAACUCUUCUCGGUGUUGACUCGACCCCUGUUAAUGUUGCCCUAUGCUACAGCGUCUCUCCUGGGAAAGUGUUCCAUUUGAUUUCCAGGCGCAAGACCUUGCUGGAAGAGCCCCAUUUCUUAAAACGACAUGUACUAUACGAAACCGGAAAGCCGAUCGAUCCAAAGUUGUUUCAUAAGGUGAGGAUAGCGCCCAUUAUACUCUUCACCGACGACACCUCCGGAAACCGAUCAAAGCAGUAUAACCCGUACAAAAGCUGGUCGAUGAAGUGUGCUGCUCUCUCCUACGAAAAGAGAUAUUCAAUUGAGAACAUCCACUUUCUCUCUGUGAUCCCCAAGAAAAAGAGGGCAAGUGGAAUGUCCUUGUUGCCUACAAUCGUCGAAGACUUCAAAAGGCUUGAAAACGGACUGAUGAUGUUCUCUACCCAAGACAACGAAAACGUCCUAGUAGCAUCACCACUCCUUUGGGUCGAAGCUGACACACCAUGCCAUUCCGAACUCUGUGGUCUACGUGCCUCUACUUGGCUGUACCCAUGCCGGAAAUGUUACGUGGUGUUACAAAGAACUACUGAAAAAUUGAAGGAUGAGGUACACUAUAUGGGUAGACAUGAUAGCAGGACCAAGGAACAUUACUUAAUUGCUGCGUCUACCCUGGACAGAAGUUACACCGUACCAGAUGCUCCCCUGACUGGUAAAACUUUUAAAGCAAGUAAAGUAAGCUUCAGAAAUAGGGCAACUGAUGCAUUUGAAAUGGAGUACAGUAACAAUAACGAUUCGAUAUGUUUCAAUUUAGGAUUGUUGAAUAGACCCGCUAUUUGUAUUGUUGUGCCCCCGUAG